AUGGACGGGAAAAUAAAGCGCAGCCGGAGGUCAAGAUCUCAACGAGACCGCGUGCGAAGAGGGGAUGCGAUUGACAGGAAUUACCAAAACCGGAGUCCAUCAUCUGGCUCUGACCGAGGGCAAAGCACGGUCAAGAAUAAGGCCCUGUGUAAAUAUAGAAAAAUUACCAACUUGCAUUAUGUCCGGCCCCCGCGCCCCUCUCGGAGAAAGAGACGAGGGUCAGUGUCACAGGAGGAGGACAUUAUUGAUGGAUUUGCCAUAGCCAGCUUUCUCAGUCUGGAUGCUUUAGAGGUAAGAACGUUGGCCUACAGUAUGUAUGUUGUUUUUGACACACUUUUGUAUGUUUGGGCAUGAUGCACAUAAGUCGAUAAGUCGAUUAAAUCUUCCUGUGUGGCCCUCGUGGCUCAAUAUGAUCUCUGCCAGGGUUAUGUGCAGUUGACCAGGUUAUCUCCAUUGUGAUUUUGUGUAAGUUAUAAACCAUUUUAUGUAACACUGUAUAGGCUAUCUACAAUGUAAAUAUACUGUACCUGCCUUGUAACAAGGUUUUCAGGACAUUGCUGUAAACACACAUUGGUUGGUUUGCAGGGCCAAUAUGCUGAGAGGCUGAUGACUGAACAUAUGCUGUUAGGUUACUAUUGAUUUAUUCCAACAACAGCCAUUAUGAUGCUUUGAGGUGUCACUCAGUCCAUGUAUUUCUAUAGAUCAGACUUACUUCCAUUACAGAAGAAUGGUUUUUAUUGAUUCACAACUGCACACUGGAUGGUUUGGUCAAUGUCAUGAUAAUUCCUGGUGUUUGUCAGAGAGAACUGGUAGAUGUCACACAUUUUGAAUAUGUUCUGAUUUGCUGAUGGUCCACAAAUGGGCCUAUGCUUGACCCAUUUUUAAAGAAAGCUCCUCUCUUUCUCUUAAAUGCUUCCGAGUGCAGUGUUCAUCAGCAGGAGUUUUAGUGUAUAUGAUUUUUUCCACCUUGCCAGUUCGGGGAUUCAAACCAGCGACCUUUCGGGUUACUGGCCCAACGCUCUUAACCGCUAGGCUACCACAGGGACAUAUGUCAAAAGAGAUACAAAAUAGACAAUAAUAAAGGCAUUGGAUACUUCUAUGUUCAAGAAAACCAAGUGCUUGAAAUGCUUGAAAAUGACCUUUUCCUCUUAAUGCUUCCCGCCAGAUGGUGACUAACAGUAAACAUGAUAAAUGGUAUCAAAGUGACACUGUGUGAAAGACAACCCGGCAGUAAAAAGCCAGAGCUGACUCAGUGAGUGGUGCAUAUGGCCCUGACAGAAGACUCAUUAUCAUUCUGAUUCAUUUACUGUCUAGAAAGAGAAACUUAUUGUUAUACCAAAUGUCAGGGGCGCAAAACAAGACGGGACUCAACAGAAUCUUCUCUCAUCGAUAAUGAUGAUCAUUAUCUAUUCCUGUCAACCCUUGCUUCUCAGAAGUAACUCAUGGAAUUGCUUUGCUAUAUGGAUACACAGUAGUCGGCUAACUGUACAUUAAUCACUGUAGAAACAGCUGCUGCAUACAGCUGUUGCAUAUUGUCAACAUCAUUUCCAGUAUAUUCUGGAUGAGGAUGACUGAUGAUGACUCCAGCGCAACAUGACCCUGGCCUGGAUUGUAAUAAAGGAGGCCUGCAUAAUUGUAUAAUGAUUGUUGCAGUGAGUGCUGUAACUUAGAUGGUGUAACUCACCAGGACAUGACUCUGGUUUGUUUGCACAGGGUUAGUUUCAUUAGCUCUGUAACCAGCUAGUCUGGCUUUGUCACUAGUCUAAAUGUAUGUAUGAAUGAGGGACGCCUGCAGCAGCUCUACCCUUUAAACGGCGAAACGCUUCUCUGUUAUACAGUCUGUUCUCUUCUCUAGCUCUGCUCUGCCAGCAGAGAGAAUCUCUCCCUGCUCUCCCUCUUUUAUGAUGACUGAGCUCCUAGGAUUUCACCAGAUAGAAUUACAUUAAUACUAAAUCUAGGAUUAGUCAUUUGUAAAGCGAGCUGUCAGACUGUUACAAGUGUUUAAUAUCCUACUGCAGUAGGGCCCCCAAGCAGACAUUUCGACAUCCUAUUUGCAGAAAUAAAAGGAUAUGUUUGAUGUGUUCUCGGAGUCCACCCUCCCAGUCAGGUGUGUACUGUACACCCCAGAGGUGAUGCCAUCUAAGUAACUGUUUGAUAAACACUACCAGUGUGUCAAAAGCUAAAGGUUAAUUGAAUAGGCAGCAACACGUGAGAAACACUGUCGCAGAGCAUUCUACACACACUGCUCUCGGUGUAUUUUUGUUGUUGUUGCUAUAUUCAAGAUUAUUUCUGUGGCGGAACUUGUACAGGCAGUGGUCUUAUUUUAUCAAGAAGCAUAUCAUUGAAAUAUUCCAGCUAUUGGUUGGUAAAUCUCUAGUGCUUCUUUAUUACAGCCAUGGCCCUGCUGCAUAGUUAAUGUGCACCAGCCUCCCAGAUCUCUGGCCCAUCUGUCCAGCUGAGAGCUCUCCAGGCAGUCAAGAGGGGGAAAGGCUGCUGCUCCACAGCUCCUCGUCUCUUUGUGGUGUGUGUCUGUCUGUUCGGAGAAUGCUUUUUACAAGCUCCUUGUGUGGACAAGAUUGAGAAAGUGCUUGGGUUUCAGGGGACCUGCAAGGACUUUAAACAAGCAGGUGUCACUUGUCUGUGUAUGUGAAUGUGUUCACUGACAGCUGAUAAUAUGGUGUGCUUUCAGGAAAGCCGUGCUUUUGCUUUCAUCCUUUUUUCAGUAGAAUCAAUCUUCUAGUUCUAGGAACACUGAAAAUACCUCUCUGUGGCCAUAUUUCUGUGGCCUGUUCAGUUUGCCUGAAUAUAGUCCCACAACUAGGUUAGUGUGUUACUCCCUCAGGCCCUCAUUGAUUUACCCUCCUCUAUGUUAUCUGUCCUUGCCACCCCCCUUAGUCUCCAGCUAGACUCUUAUGUCCAAGGAUUACAUUCUCCUCUCUUAAGCAUGGUGGUAGCACAAUGAUUUCACUCAGCCAAAUAAUGCUGAACGUUUCAUGUUUUACCCCUGUUCGUCACAGUUCCACAUAAUGGACAACUUGCAGGGCCGCAGGCCGCAGUUGUAAAAGUGUGUGUGUGUGUGUGUCCAUCUCUCCCUGGGCCCACCGCCCAGCCAGGCUGUGAGACAGGAAACAGGCUGACUCUCCCUGCCAUAAACCCCCUCUGUGAUUUCCUAGCCUUUGUUCUGCUGCUGUCGGCUUGUGCUGUAAAUAAACCAUCAGUCGCCCUGAACGGCCUGGAACUGACAUGGAACACCAUUAUGUCUGUCUGUUGCAGUGCGCUGACAGACUGACAGACAGAGAGAGACGGCUAGUUUUAUUUAGAAAAUGAAAAUGUAGAAUGUACUGCUACUGCAUGACCUCAAUCCACUGGUUUAAUAAUGACUGUUGGCCCCAUUUUGUGGAUAUAUACUAUUUAGCCCUGAUAAGUAGGGCUAUCUGCCGAAUAUGGUACAGUGCCAAAUUUAGAGUUCCAGGGCGUAGUGCAAACACUCUCUUGUUUAACUCUUUCUCUCUCUCGCUCUCUCGCUCUCUCUUUUUUUUUGGUCACCCCUGUGUGUCUGCCUGUGUUGGGUUUUCAGCUCUACUGCUUUGCAGUUAGGUUAGGGUUCCACUACAAUGCCCAAAGCUGAGGAGAUGAUCCCAGUGUAAUGUCAGGAGGCCAUUGUGAAUAGGCUCUCUGAGGAAAAGUCAUCAUUAGGUACUGAUGGUGUGUAAUCUAAUUGUCUUAGUACCUGGCAGAAGAGGGGAGCAGAGGCAUUAAUCAAGCCACUAUAAACAGCCAUCAAGGAUAGCACAGUUAUGUUUUACUCUAGCCUAUGUCUGUAUUGCCUAAACAUACACUGAGUGUACAAAACAUUAAGAACACCUUCCUAAUAUUGAGUUGCCCUCAGAACAGCCUCAAUUUGUCAGGGCAUGGACUCUACAAGGUGUCGAAAGCGUUCAAUGUUCCAAUGCUUCCCACAGUUGUGUCAAGUUGGCUGGAUGUCCUUUGGAUGGUGGACCAUUCUUGAUACACACGGGAAACUGUUGAGCGUGAAAAACCCAGCAGCGUUGCAGUUCUUGACACAAACCGGUGCACCUGGCACAUACUACCAUACCCUGUUCAAAGGCACUGAAAUCUUUUGUCUUGCCCAUUCACCCUCUUAAUGGCACACAUACACAAUCCAUGCCUCAAUUGUCUCAAGGCUUAAAAAUCCUUCUUUAACCUGCCAUCUCCACAUCUAUACUGAUUGAAGUGGAUUUAACAGGUGACAUCAAUAAGGGAUCAUAGACUGACCAGGUGAAUCCAGGUGAAAGCUAUGUCAUGUACAGUUGAAGUCGUAAGUUUACAUACACCUUAGCCAAAUACAUUUAAACUCAGUUUUUCACAAUUCCUGACAUUUAAUCCUAGUACAAAUUCCCUGUUUUAGGUCAGUUAGGAUCACCACUUUAUUGAAAUGUCAGAAUAAUAGUAGAGAUAAUUAUUUAUUUUAGCUUUUAUUUCUUUCAUCACAUUCCCAGUGGGUCAGAAGUUUACAUACACUCAAUUAGUAUUUGGUAGCAUUGCCUUUAAAUUGUUUAACUUGGGUCAAACGUUUCGGGUAGCCUUCCACAAGCUUCCCACAAUAAGUUGAGUGAAUUUUGGCCCAUUCCUCCUGACAGAGCUGGUGUAACUGAGUCAGGUUUGUAGGCCUCCUUGCUCGCACACGCUUUUUCAGUUCUGCCCGCAAAUGUUCUAUAGGAUGAGGUCAGGGCUUUGUGAUGACCACUCCAAUACCUUGACUUUGUUGUCCUUAAGCCAUUUUGCCUCAACUUUGGAAGUAUGCUUGGGGUCAUUUGGAAGACCAUUUGCGACCAAGCUUUAACUUCCUGACUGAUGUCUUGAGAUGUUGCUUCAAUAUAUCCACAUAAUUUUGCUUCCUCAUGAUGCCAUCUAUUUUGUGAAGUGCACCAGUCCCUCCUGCAGCAAAGCACCCCCACAGCAUGAUGCUGCCACCCCGUGCUUCGCGGUUGGGAUGGUGUUCUUCGGCUUGCAAGCAAUCCCCUUUUUCCUCCAAACAUAACGAUGGCCAUUAUGGCCAAACAGUUCUAUUUUUGUUUCAUCAGACCAGAGGACAUUUCUCAAAAAGUACGAUCUUUGUCCCCGUGUGCAGUUGCAAAUGGUAGUCUGGCUUUUUUAUGGCAGUUUUGGAGCAGUGGCUUCUUCCUUGCUGAGCGGCCUUUCAGGUUAUGUCGAUAUAGGACUCAUUUUACUGUUGAUAUAUAUACUUUUGUACCUGUUUCCUCCAGCAUCUUCACAAGGUCCUUUGCUGUUGUUCUGGGAUUGAUUUGCACUUUUCGCACCAAAGUACGUUCAUCUCUAGGAGACAGAACGCGUCUCCUUCCUGAGCGGUAUGACAGAUGCGUGGUCCCAUGGUGUUUAUACUUGCAUACUAUUGUUUGUACAGAUGAACGUGGUACCUUCAGGCAUUUGGAAAUUGCUCCCAAGGAUGAACCAGACUUGUGGAGGUCUACCAUUCUUUUUCUGAGUUCUUGGCUGAUUUAUUUUGAUUUUCCCAUGAUGUCAAGCAAAGAGGUUUGUUGUCUGUCUGCUUUUGUCAGCAGGAACAUCUAAUCAAAGUUCUGAUUAUGAUCACUUGUCAGUGUCUGUCUUUUAUCUGAUUCACCUGAGCUGGCAGUGCAGAUAAUGUGUUGAGUCGAUGAACAGUAAGUCAGACAUGAUUCUGUAUGAUACUGAUAUCACUCUUAUGAAUGACAACAUCAGUCUAUAAAAGCACUGAAUGUCCUUGAAUAUAUCUGUACUUGGCAGAAGCGUUGUAGCUGUGUUGUACUGCACAGAGAAAGAGAAGCUCCACGUUGAAAUCACUCAUUGUUUCACACAGUUAUGUGUCAUUGUGUUUCUCCACCUCCCUGGACAGUUACCAAGCAUGUCUGAUCAAAACAAUCACUGCUAGCUUGGCUCUGAAUUAGCAUCAGGCAUACACAUCUGUGGAGAGGCAGAGGGGGAGAAACUAAACUAACCCAAAGACCAAACAAGGGCUGAAUGAGAGAGAGUGGGUGAAAAUAAUCUGGGAUAGAUCUGUUUUUCCAGCUACACUGAAUACAAUAGGCAUGUAUCCUCUAAGAAUAAAGACAACAGCCAUCCAGGGACUGUAGAUAGUCUAGAUACUGUGAUAUGUGGACAGAAUGUACAGUAGUGUUUACAUAUAGAUCUAGGUGAUAAUAAACUGGCUCCAUUUUCAGCUCUUGUGUUUAUCAUUACUGUAGGUUGUGAGACAAGAAAAGUGACAUUAUGUUCUAUUACAAUUUCAUAAUGUUUAUUUUUUGCCCACCAGUACCUCCUUAAAAUAUGUUUGACAGUUGAUGUGACAAAGUAGCCUACACAUUUACACUUGUAAGGCAAAGCCAUGGCAGUGUCAGAAUAUUUAUGACUUGUCUCCAGUCCAUUACUGGUGUAUAAAUUGCAAUCAGUCAGUGCAGGUCCAGUAAUUCAGUAGCAGGACCUGUGACCUUAGGCUGUUGGAUGUGUCAUGGGAAAUAGAGUUUUAAGUGUCUAAUUACCACUACCACUUAAUUAUGUGUCACAAGCACUGUGGGAAAUGACAUGCCAACUCCAUUUCAGCAUUCAAAUAAUCAAGUGAUUAUGAACCUAGUGUACCUAUAGCCACUCUCAGUGGUGUAAAGUACUUCAGUAAAAAUACUUUAAAGUACUACUUUAGUAGUUUUUUGGGGUAUCUGUACUUUACUUUACUAUUUAUAUUUUUGACUACUUUAACUUUUAUUACAUUCCUAAAGAAAAUAAUGUACCUUUUACUCCAUACAUUUUCCCUGACACCCAAAAGUACUCGUUAUAUUUUGAAUGCUUAGUAGGACAGGAAAAUGGUCUAAUUCACACACUUAUCAAGAGAACAUCUCUGGUCAUUCCUACUGCCUCUGACCUGGUGGGCUCAUGAAACACAUGCUUCAUUUGUAAACGAUGUCUGAGUGUUAGCAUGGCCCUGGCUAGCCAUAAAUUAAAAAAACAAGAAAAUGGUGUCGCCUGGUUUGCUUAAUAUAAGGAAUUUGAAAAGAUUUAUACUUUUAAUACUUAAGUCUAUUUUUGCAAUUACAUUUACUUUUGAUACUUAUGAAUAUUUAAUCCAAAUACUUUUAGACUUUGACUCAAGUAGGAUUUUACUGGGUGACUUUCACUUUUACUUGAGUCAUUUUCUAUUAAGGUAUCUUUACUUUUACUCAAGUAUGACAAUUGGGUACUUUUUCCACCACUGGCCACACUACAGAUGGCAUCUUUAAAAGUCACAGGCAUUUAAAGUGAACCUUGUACCAGAAGAUGUUGGCCUAUAGUGGCAUGUGAUCGAACAGUUCCUAAUGACAGAAAGCGGUCUAGCUGGGGAUGUUGGGAUGGAUGGAGUGCUUGAUCUAUGGACAGGCUGUUAACACUAUUAUCUCUGUCGUGGUCAGGAGGAUAAAGACAAAUAAUCAUGCAUAUAAAUGCAGAUGAUCUACAGUGUGUACAUGAGGUAGAGCCAUGGACUGUAUCUCCUCAGGCAUCUAGGACUUAAGCUGUUAAACAGCUAAGCAGCAGCUGUGUUAUCUGUAGACCUGUAGCUUUACACACAGCUUAGGAAUCCAUCAUGAAUCUAAUGGUGCAAUGCCCAGGAACAUCAGAUCUGCUAGGUCCACGCUCCUACAGUGCAGUGCUUUAAUAAAUGAACAUAGGAAGGAAUAACUGUAGGCAUAGUAACUGAUCUUUCCAGAUAUCUAGAAGGAACUGUGCACUACUGUCUUGUAUGAUAUCGUGUCAUGGGAAAAUUGCUCUCUGAAAUUAGCUAUCUAUUACUCUGGUAAAGACAUGUUAGCGGAUGCUAUUAGCUUUAUACUGUUAACUGACUGACUCUGUUGUACCCCUGCUUGCGUUGCACCUUUGAAAUCUAUGUCACAUCAAUAGAGUUAGUGAUUUACAGAGCAGUUAAUGGAGGCUGAAGCAGCACUUACUGUGCCAUUGGCUGAUUGGACGUAAAUUGGAUUUGAAUAGAAUACUGUAACCUCCCCCUUGUUUCCCUGGCCUCUUCUAUCUCAUGUCUUUUGUGGAACGUUUGCAGGCCAGGUUAUGUUCAGCUACCUGGUGAGAGCUGAUAUGUGAGGUCUGAUUGCAGAAGCUGUGGCACAUGAGCUGUUAAUAGCUUGAUUUUCAUGUCUUCUGUUCACCGAGGAGAGACCGUGUUAUAACAUGCAUGUUACUGCCAUUCACUUUUGGCUUCAUGGAUGGUGAGAGUGACUGGAUGGAGGUACAUAUGUGAUAGUGGAACUUGAUGAGAGCAUUCCAUCCACUGAAUCCUUUGUAAGCCGCUGGGCUUUACCUGGGAUUUAGAUCCAAUGUUCGCUCUCAAAGCCAUUCUCACUGCAAACCCUAACCUGGAUUUAGCUGGUUUCACCCUAUUCUAUUCAUUGUAGCUGGCAAAACGGAUCUACGCCAGAUUAUUUUCACCCACUCUCUCUCAUUCAGCCCUUGUUUGGUUUUUGGGUUAGUUUAGUUUCUCCCCCUCUCCCCCUCUGCCUCUCCACAGAUGUGAAUGCCUGAUGCUAAUUCAGAGCCAAGCUAGCAGUGAUUGUUUUGAUCAGACAUGCUUGGUAACUGUCCAGGGAGGUGGAGAAACACAAUGACACAUAAUUUACCACACGCCGCUAGUCUUUUAGCAGUGCCAUGAAUAUUAAUAUCACUAUGGCAAUGGUUGUGGAGAUUAGCUCACGGUAGUGCUUUACACUUGUACCAUUAGAUCACUUGUUUUCAUGGAUAGCUGAAGCUGUAGGCAGGGGGACGCUGAGCAGGGAAUGCUCACAGUUCACACUCGUUGGCUAAGUGAGAUUAGUUGUGCUUGCAUUGAACAAUACCCCAAAAGCCAUCGGGGCAGGGGAGUAUUUAUUGCAUUGCUCCUUUCCAAGUUCUCAUAGACAUCUGUGUCUUAGAUGACCUGUAACUGAUUAUUGUUCAUGUUCAUUGCUUGCCUCCACUGUGCUUGAUAGUAUGUACACUACCAGUCAAAAGUUUGGGCACACCUACUCAUUCAAGGGUUUUUCUUUAUUUUCUUAAUUUUUUACAUUGUAGAAUAAUAGUGAAGACAUCAAAACUAUGAAAUAACACAUAUGGAAUCAUGUAGUAACCAAAAAAGUGUAGCCACCCUUUGCCUUGCUGACAGUGUUGCACACGCUUGGCAUUCUCUCAACCAGCUUCAUGAGGUAGUCACCUGGAAUGCCUUUCAAUUAACAGGUGUGCCUUGUUAAAAGUUAAUUUGUGGAAUUUCUUUCCUUCUUAAUGCAUUUGAGCCAAUCAGUUGUGUUGUGACAAGGUGGGGGGGGGGGGGGGGGUAUACAGAAGAUAGCCCUAUUUGGCAAAAGGCCAAGUACAUUGUCUUGAUGACAACUUUGCACACUCUUGGCAUUCUCUCAACUAGCUUCAUGAGGUAGUCAGCUGGAAUGCAUUUCAAUUAACAGGCGUGCCUUCUUCAAAGUUAAUUUGUGGAAUUUAUUUCCUUCUUUCAGCCAAUCAGUUGUGUUGUGACAAGGUAAGGGGGGGUAUACAGAAGAUAGCCCUAUUUGGUAAAUGACCAAGUCCAUAUUAUGGCAAGAACAGCUCAAAUAAGCAAAGAGAAAUGACAGUCCAUCAUUACUUUAAGACCUUAAGGACAGUCAAUCCGGAAAAUUUCAAGAACUUUCUUCAAGUGCAGUCGCAAAAACCAUCAAGCGCUAUGAUGAAACUGUCUCUCAUGAGGACCGCCACAGGAAUGGAAGACCCAGAGUUCCCUCUGCUGCAGAAGAUGUUCAUUACAGUUACCAGCCUCAGAAAUUACAGCCCAAAUAAAUGCUUCACAGAGUUCAAGUCACAGACACAUCUCAACAACAACUGUUCAGAGGGGACUGUGUGAAUCAGGCCUUCAUGGUCGAUUUGCUGCAAAGAAACCACUACUAAAGGACACCAAUAAGAAGAAGAGACCUGCUUGGGCCAAGAAAUAUGAACAAUGGACAUUAGACCGGUGGAAAUGUGUCCUUUAGUCUGGAGUCCAAAUUGGAGAUUUUUGGUUCCAACCGCCGUGUCUUUGUGAGACGCGGUGUGGGUGAACGGAUGAUCUCUGCAUGUGUAGUUCCCACCAUAAAGCAUGGAGGAGGAGGUGUUAUGGUGUGGGGGUGCUUUGCUGGUGACACUGUCUGUGAUUUAUUUAGAAUUCAAGGCACACUUAACCAGCAUGGCUACCACAGCAUUCUGCAGCGAUACGCCAUCCCAUCUGGUUUGCGCUUAGUGGGACUAUCAUUUGUUUUUCAACAGGACAUUGACCCAACACACCUCCAGGCUGUGUAAAGGGCUAUUUUACCAAGAAGGAGAGUGAUGGAGUGCUGCAUCAGAUGACCUGGCCUCCACAAUCCCCCGAUCUCAACCCAAUUGAGAUGGUUUGGGAUGAGUCGGACCGCAGAGUGAAGGAAAAGCAGCCAACAAGUGCUCAGCAUAUGUGGGAACUCCUUCAAGACUGUUGGAAAAGCAUUCCAGGUGAAGCUGGUUGAGAGAAUGCCAAGAGUGUGCAAAGAUGUCAAGGCAAAGGGUGGCUAUUUUAAAGAAUCUCAAAUAUAAAAUAUAUUUUGAUUUGUUUAACACUUACUACAUGAUUCCAUAUGUGUUAUUUCAACGUUUUGAUGUCUUCACUAUUAUUCUACAAUGUAGAAAAUAGUAAAAAUAAAGAAAAGCCGUUGAAUGAGUAGAUGUGUCCAAACUUUUGACUGGUACUGUAUAUCAACACCACUGACAACCCCCUCACAGGCCACUGGCAUGGUUAGUCCAGGGGCAUUUAGCCCAGACUGCCAAACGCCACAGCCUGACAAUGGGCAGCAGCUGGCCGCCCAUAUUCUAGUCUCACAGGCCUGCCUCAUAGGAUAUGACCUCAAUACACAACCAUGCCCAGAAGUAUCAUGAGCUUUGGCUUUUGUUCAAUUCUCUUUUUCUUUAAGAUGGGUUUUUAUUUAUUUAUUAGAGGUUUUGGAUGGAUUCCCUUGUCAUAUUGCUCCCGAGUGGCGCAGCGGUCUAAGGCACUGCAUCUCAGUGCUUGAUGGUGUUCUUGGGGUCAUAGGCAGCAUUCCUCCUCCUCCAAACACGGCGAGUUGAGUUGAUGCCAAAGAGCUAUAUUUUGGUCUCAUCUGACCACAACACUUUCACCCAGUUCUCCUCUGAAUCAUUCAGAUGUUCAUUGGCAAACUUCAGAUGGCCCUGUAUAUGUGCUUUCUUGAGCAGGGGGACCUUGCGGGCGCUGCAGGAUUUCAGUCCUUCACGGCGUAGUGUGUUAUCAAUUGUUUUCUUGGUGACUAUGGUCCCAGCUGCCUUGAGAUCAUUGACAAGAUCCGCCUGUGUAGUUCUGGGCUGAUUCCUCACUGUUCUCAUGAUGAUUGCAACUCCACGAGGUAAGAUCUUGCAUGGAGCCCCUGGCCGAGGGAGAUUGACAGUUAUUUUGUGUUUCUUCCAUUUGCGAAUAAUCGCACCAAUUGUUGUCAUCUUCUCACCAAGCUGCUUGGCGAUGGUCUUGUAGCCCAUUCCAGCCUUGUGUAGGUCUACAAUCUUGUCCCUGACAUCCUUGGAGAGCUCUUUGGUCUUGGCCAUGGUGGAGAGUUUGGAAUCUGAUUGAUUCCAUAUGUGGACAGGUGUCUUUUAUACAGGUAACAAACUGAGAUUAGGAGCACUCCCUUUAAGAGUGUGUUUAUAAUCUCAGCACGUUACCUGUAUAAAAGACACCUGGGAGCCAGAAAUCUUUCUGAUUUAGAGGGGGUCAAAUACUUAUUUCCCUCAUUAAAAUGCAAAUCAAUUUAUAACAUUUUUGACAUGCGUUUUUCUGGAUUUUGUUGUUGUUAUUCUGUCUCUCACUGUUCAAAUAAACCUACCAUUAAAAUUAUAGACUGAUCAUUUCUUUGUCAGUGGGCAAACAUACAAAAUCAGCAGGGGAUCAAAUACCUUUUUCCCUCACUGUAUGUGUAUAUAUAUAUAUAUAUAUUGACUCAUUGUAAGCAUUAUCAUCAUCCAUACUGAGGUGGCUCUCCUUCUGUGCUGUAGAUAUUAAGCCUCUUCUGUGUUUGCUCUUUCGUAGGUGGCUCUGAGGAAGAGCACAAAGAGCCUGAGGUCGCAGGAGGGCAAGGAGAAGUGGGAGAGCCAGGUGCUGAAGAAACGGAAGACUGAACAGACUGCUGAGGGGGAUGUGAUCCCUAUGAAUGGAUUCACUGACAAUCGAGCUGACUUUGAGCAGGAUGGAGAGAAGGAGCGAGGGAAGGUGAAAAACAGAUCAAAGAAGAACAAGCAGGUAGUCUAUGGAUCAAUUAACCUUCAUUCUAUUUUAAUGAAUAUGCUCUCCUACACACCAAAACCUGUCUACCUCCUAAUGUGUGUGGGCAUUUUGCCCAGUGAAGUAAAAGAGGUCUUACAGUUUGUCUUCUUAAUGGGUUGUUUACCUAGCUAAGAACCUAUAUGUUAAUCUGGAGUUCUUCCUUAGCUGUUUCAAGUCAUUCACUUUCAAUCCCACAGAUAUUUUUCUAAUGGUGAUACGGCUUUUGUCCUGUAAAUUUUUUUAAUAAAAUAGAAAACGUCUCCGUCAUGAGGUGUUAAUUGUCGGCACCAGACAGUCAAUGAACUGUGUAAUCGGGUUCAUUUCCGAAUCUUCUCAUCCUGGUCUAGUAAUUGCCUCACACAAGCCUCUCUGCUUUGCAGGAAGUUAGGAGGGAGCCACACAGGAAACGAGGGCCAAUAAAAAGAUGAGAUAAGGUGCUUUGUGAAGAGGUUCCUCCUCAGCGCAGGAUGUGUCUGUGUUUGUAACAGAGAGCACACCAGGCAAACACACACUUAUACCUACUCCAUAUCAGUCCCUGGCCUAGCCAAUUCCUGCACCUCAAUCUGUAUGUGUCGAUCAGAUACUACUUGUUGUAAGGUAUCGCCUAGACGACCCCUUGUGGAUCUCUCGUGUUCUGAAUAGUAUGCAAAACAGUAUGUUGGGUGGUAGCCUCCUAUGCAAUACAGGAGAGAGCUAUUAUCAGGUUUGUUUCUAAAUGUAUUUUGUUCCUUGAAUUUACUGUUUAUCUUAGCACACUGUAGGUAAAUGGGAUCUACUCUACGAAAUGGAUGAAUCCUACUCACACUUGUUCAAUCGAGCAGUUUAAUUGUGUCACUGAAGCAACCUCCAGAGUGCUCUAGGGAGUAGAAUGACCUCAGAACAUCCUUUCUUCUGUUUCACCUGACUACCAGGAAGAGCAUGUACUUUGCUGCAGCACGUUGCACAUUGACACAGCACAUUCACUGUGUCAAAUCAAGUCAUGAGACUAGCUGGAAGAUGGCUGUUUGACAUGUUCACUGCCGCUGUAAAAUCCCACCUAUGCUAUUUAAUCAUUUUUACACGAACACACACACACACACACACACACACACACACACACACAGGAGAUAGACAUACAGUGUUCUGUGCCUGCCUGUCAAAGCAGUGAAGUGUAGCAGUCAAAUUAACACUGCAGGAUGGGCUGAACAUUAUGGAACGGUAGCUUUAAACCAUGAAACCCCAGAUCAACACCACAUUAUUAUACUGUUCCUGUGUCAUGAAACAACUUGCUCUCUCCUGAAUCAAUAUCUGUAUAAAAUCUGCAUUAUGCUGCAUGGAUCAUUCAAGGUCUCCAUUCCAACCUAAUGUUGGUGUGUGUGUGUGUGUGUGUGUGUGUGUGUGUGUGUGUGUGUGUGUGUGUGUGUGUGUGUGUGUGUGUGUGUGUGUGUGUGUGUGUGUGUGUGUGUGUGUGUGUGUGUGUGUGUGUGUGUGUGCACGCGCGCGCCCAUUUAUGCAUGCACUGCAUUGAUCUUGCCUUUAAAGAAAAGCCACCUCCGGCUCUGAGAUGGGUCAGGGCUAGGGCUAAUUGCCCAUCACGGUCAGUGAAUGAGUCUGGACAUGAACUCUGCUUAUUUUAAAUCGGGUUAACUGUGUCAUUGAAAUGGAUGUCCUCACUGAUGUGUAGUCAAUCACUCCUGUAAUACACCAGUGCCCUCUGGUGGGCCAAAUUCUCUUCUGGGCAGAGGGGCUAUGAGCUGGUAAAUUCCCUGUCUACCAACUCAAUGUUAUGUAGAUAAACCUGGACUCAAAGAAAUUAUGAUAAUUAGUUAAAUUGGAAGCCUUUGAGUGAGGGAUUGAUCUGUCCUCUGGGUCUGUCCCUCAGGUGAAGGGGCUUCUGGGAAGGCAAGACAGAGCUGAGGUCACCAGAACACAGGGCACGCCUCAGAGAAGCAACUCUAAAGAACACCACAGUGAGGUAUGAACAGUAUUGUCUGGAUAAAGGGAUUUUUUUGUGCCAACAACAACCUAAUGACUGAUUACAGAAGGCAUUUAUCACAGUCUUUUAUAAGCCCUUGCUCAUGAACGUUAUAAUUUAUUUCCACAGAGUUCAUUCUCUGGUCGGGGCUAUUCGGUGAGUGACUUCAAUCCUUUCUGACAGAAUUAAUGUCAGUGAUCUGCCUAUGGUACUGCUCAGAGUAUGAGGACAAAACCGGGUCAGUGAUUAGCGCAUGCAUACUGAGAAGAACAGUCUGUAACAAAAUGUCCUCAGAAGCUAACAGGCUGAUAUUUAGUAAUGCAGCUAAACAGGUGUCACGUCAACAUGGAUUAGUGAUUUGUAUAUCUGAGUAAUCUUGACACGUUGACAGUGAGCAGGACUUGAGGGAGGGACUGACACAUGAUUUAUCAGUGGUUUCAGUAGAAAUUGACCGGCUGAUAUAGUAGCUCGCAGCUGUGUUGCUGUGUCACCUGGCGUGAUGAUUCCCUUAAAGCAAACGGUUCAGUACACACAGCCGUUAAACACACGUCUGUCACUUGGAACGAGGCGACAGACCUAAUGGAUAAUAAUGUCCCUUUUCUCUCUCUCUCUCUCUCUCUCUCUCUCUCUCUCUCUCUCUCUCUCUCUCUCUCUCUCUCUCUCUCUCUCUCUCUCUCUCUCUCUCUCUCUCUCUCUCUCUCUCUCUCUCUCUCUCGAUAUGUAAACAGACUGGUUUUGCCAUAUUACUCCAAGCAUAAACACAUUUCUACUAGACAUAACCACAGCUUUUAGUCCUAAUCUAACCAUGAUACGUUUCUCAAUGGAUCUCAAGGUUUUUUUAAUGCAUUAUUUAUAGAUAGAUUUGAUAGAGUUUCAGUUUGAGUGUUGGUGAUGGAUGAAGCUGUUCUCAUGAAUUAAUGCAGCACUUUACUUCCUUUCUCACGCAGUGUGACAGUGAGAGUGACAUCGAUGACAAGGUCAGAUAAACAUUCUCACUUUUCAGAACUGUUAACUUAUCAGUGCUUUACAUGUUCUGUUAUGUAUUGAUGUAUUUCCAUCGGUGCUGUCAGCUGGCCAGGCUGUAUUGUACUGAGAGGGAGGGGGGUCCUCCAAAGAGUUGUGAUGGGGUCAGGUUUUUUAGCUGACCUUUUUAUUUAAUAGGUCAGGGCAGCGUAAACAGUGUGUGGGGUGUCUUUGGUCUCAGUGGUGGUCCUCCUCCGUCCUGACCAGACUAUUUUUGGGAGAUAGUUGACGUCAAGGAGGGUAAAUGGCCACAAACUCUAACUUGUGUUUUGGUACUGGUUUGUGAGUGUGAGGUUCAGUCUGUGUGUCUUAUGGAUAUUAUACUCAUUUAACCCUGUUUAAAAUGUCUACAUGUUAAUAAUGCCAGCCCUCUUUGAUUUCAUUAUUGGAUUUGAUCUAAGGAAUGCGCUGAAGCUAACUUGAUUACACUGUGAAUAUCAUUAGGGCUUCUUACGAAAGUAAGGACGUUCUGAUAAUCACAACAAGUCUCUUAUUUCCUCCAUAUGAUCUAUUUUUGUCAGCAACCUCCUGUUAAAUAUGGAAGCUCCAAUACUGAAAUUAAACUCAUGACAAGGGUCAUAUGAACCAGAUUACGGUAAUGUGGCAUUUUGCAAGGUUGUUAAUCAACUGAUGGAUUCCAGGAAUAUCUGGAACUAAGGUCCUUACAUUUGCAACACCAAAGGAACCUCAUGAUGGUUUACCACAGCUGAAUUUCAGCUGAGUUCAGAGCCAGUAAAUCAACAAUUUCAUUUAGCUAUUGAAUCUGGUCAGUUUGAUGUCUAUUUGAUGUCAUUAGUCUAUAAUCAUGCGCUUUCCCAGCAUCCAUAUGAUUUACACUUUACAAAGGACAUAAUGCUUAAAGAUGAGGAAUACACAGGAGAACAUCAGAUAUAAUAUCACUACAUAGCUUAUUUUAAAUGGUUGAGUACUCUAGUCUGUGUGUGUGUGAGUCCUCUGCUGCCUGGUAUGAGAAUCUGGCCAAUAUUAAGCAGUGUAAUUAGAAACAGACUGUUUUAAAUGUAAUUUAUGGAUUGUAAUAUGAUACUUGGCUACUAACUUAAUUUGUGUCAUCCACUUUCUAAUUUGUUUUUCACAAGAUAAAUGUCAUGGGCAUUUACGUAUUUCUAGUGAGUGCUCUUACAUGAAAGAUAUGACUGAUUACAUUAAUUGCCUCUUAGUGUGUAAUCGAUGUUGUGAUGCUUUUUAUUAUCCGGUCAAAAAGAUGCAUUCAUGGAGCUGUCACAUACUACAUGAAAUUAGAAUGGUUUCGAUUUAAUCUCAUUCAGAAAACGUUCCUUCUCAUGUCAUUGGACUGGGUUCACCAAGAGUUAUGCCUCACCUUUGGUUCCUCUGAUCUCAUUUCCAUUCAUUUUCCAUUUUAGUCAUUUAGCAGACGCUCUUAUCCAGAGCGACUUACAGUAGUAGUGAGUGGAUACUUUUUCAUACUGGUCCCCGUGGGAAUCGAACCCACAACCCUGGCGUUGCAAGCGCCAUGCUCUACCAACUGAGGCACACGGGACCAUACAUUUAUUGGGAACUUGAACACACCCCCCUUGAGUGUGGAGCUCACGUCGAGUCUGGGAGUGGAGCAAGAGCCAGCAUACCGGAUGGUCCUGUUAAAGAUUACCAUGGAAAAGCAAUCACUUUUGGGGACAGUUCCACCACUUACAAAAUCCAAAUUUAGCCUCUAACUAGGCUAACAUUUUUAUUUUCUCAUUUUUACUCAGGUUUCAGGGCUUGAGUCUGAAAAGCUCUUCACACUAAGGACAACUAAUGGUAAGAAUAUUUUCAUUCUCUAUGUUUUUGUACUUGACUCUCUGUCCUUGCUUAGCUGUUGCUAUAGAGAAUAGAUAUAUUUGUCUCUCUUAGUGACGUGCUCUUAUAUGCUUUUUCUGACAUUCCAUUUCUGUUCCCUGGAAUAAGGGCAACAUCCUUAUUCAAACCACACAAUUAUCAAGUAUUACCAAAUUGUUGUCAAGGUGUUGUGGCCAUUGUAAUUUAAGGAUACCCACACACUCUUAAUUGCACAACGUGGGUAUGACACUGAAUGUUACUCUACCCUGUGGAAAGUCUCUAAGCUAGAGGGAUUUAUGUUGAAGUAAAACAGAAUAAUGAUGCAAGUGUUUUGACAGAGAUAUGUGUGCAUUUGAAUGUGUUGAGUUGUGUGAAAUAGUUGAUAAAUGUUUUCUACACAAUCUUUUAGCUAUAAAUUGGAUUGAACCUCCACUUUCAGUGGCUUAGCUGCUUCGUUGUGGCUAGCAAGAAGUGAUGCUUGGAGUCACACGUCAUUCUUAAUGAGACUACUGGCUCAAGCAAUUUUGUAAUCUACUGCAAUGUUCCCUAUUAUCAUCCUUAGCGUCUCCAUCAAUUCCAUAUUGUGAUCUAACUAUAGCUGAAAUUCACCCAAUUUUCACCCAAGAGAAUGCUGCUCAAAGCAACAUCACUGAAUGGUAUUUUUCCCAUUCAGUAUUCUUUACCCGACUGAGGUGUUGUUGCCUUAUAUGGGCAGCUUGAUAGAUUGUGUUCCCUUCACAACCCACGAUUUCUUAAACUCAAAGCUCAUUAGAACUAACGUGGUCACAUUUGGCCUCAUUUGGCCUGUAAGAGCCAAGCGGAGACGCGCAUCCAGGGCCAGGCAGCAUAAAGCAUGCUCUAAUCCCACUGGCUGGCGGUGAGAACCUUUUAGAGCUGAGCCAGGGGUUUAAUAUGCCUUGUGAAAGUGAUUAGGAGGUCUCCAUUUAACUCUCCCUACCUCCAAGCUGCUUGUGGUGGGCUUUGGAGAGGGCAUUUGUUGUUUGCUUUGGAUGUCUUUCAUUGAGUCUUCCAAUGAGCCGUCUGGACUUCAGCCUAUUGAAUGUUAUGAUUACAAAGAAUGCUAAACACACCACUAGUCUCUCCCCAGGGCCCUCGGCUUUUGUCAGAGCUCAAAGACUGCAGGGAAUAGAGACUAGUGUUGUUUGGUGCUGGGAAAAUAGGCUGUUUGUUGAAUUUACACUUACAUUUUCUUACACUGUCUGGCGGUGAAUGGAAAAUAUAAUGGUGCAACUAACAAAUUGUAAGCACUUUGUAAAAUGAACAUGCUCAUUUGCCCAAGACUUGAACCCGUUAGUUGCCUCAUUGUUUCUAGAUGUAGGCCUAGUGUUCAGUAUUGGAGGCCACAGGACUAGGGCUUUUAUCAUUUUUUACAUUUUACAUUUUAGUCAUUUAGCAGACGCUCUUAUCCAGAGCGACUUACAGUUAGUGAAUACAAUUUUUUUUUUUUUUUUUUAUACUGGCCCCCCGUGGGAAUCGAAGCCACAACCCUGGCGUUGCAAACGCCAUGCUCUAUCAACUGAGCUAUAUCCCUCCCCUCCCCUCCCCUCCCCUCCCCUCCCCUACCCUACCCUACCCUACCCUACCCUGGACGACGCUGGGCCAAUUGUGCGCCGCCCAUGAGUCUCCCGGUCGCGGCCGGCUGCGACAGAGCCUGGAUUCGAACCAGGAUCUCUAGUGUUACAGUUAGCACUGCGAUGCAGUGCCUUAGACCACUGCGCCACUCAGGAGAUCUCAUUCAGAAAACCAGACAACACAGAUUAGGAGCUAUUCACCACUACAUGACCAAAAGUAUGUGGACACCUGCUCGUCGAACAUCUCAUUCCAAAAUCAUGGGCAUUAAUAUGGAGUUGGUCACCCCUUUGCUGCUAUAACAGCCUCCAAUCCUCUGGGAAGACGUUCCACUAGAUGUUGGAAAAUUGCUGCAGGGACUUGCUUCCAUUCAGCCACAAAAGCAGUAGUGAGCACGGGGGCAUUGUCAUGCUGAAACAGGAAAGGGCCUUCCCAAACUGUUGCCACAAAGUUGGAAGCACAGAAUCGUCUAGAAUGUAAUUUUAUGCUAUAGCAUUAAGAUUUCCCUUCACUGGAACUAAGGGGCCUAGCCCGAACCAUGAAAAACAGCCCCAGAUCAUUAUUCCUCCUCCACCAAACUUUAUAGUUGGCACUAUGCAUUGGGGCAGGUAGCGUUCUCCUGGCAUCCGCCAACCCCAGAUUCGUCCGUCGGACUGCCAGAUGGUGAAGCGUGAUUCAUCACUCCAGAGAACGCGUUUCCACUGCUCCAGAGUCCAAUUACGGCGAGCUUUACACCACUCCAGCUGAUGCUUGGCAUUGCGCAUGGUGAUCUUAGGCUUGUGUGCAGCUGCUUGGCCAUGGAAACCCAUUUCAUUAAGCUCCCGAAGAACAGUUCUUACAUUUUACAUUUUAGUCAUUUAGCAGACGCUCUUAUCCAGAGCGACUUACAGUUAGUGAGUGCAUACAUUGUUUUCAUACUAGUCCCCUGUGGGAAUCGAACCCACAACCCUGGCGUUGCAAGCGCCAUGCCCUACCAACUGAGCUACACGGGACUGAGCUUCUUGUGCUGACAUUGCUUCCAGAGGCUGUUUGGAACUCGGUAGUGAGUGUUGCAACCAAGGACACGCGAUUUUUACGCGCUUCAGCAUUCGGCGGUCCUGUUCUGUGAGCUUGUGUGGCCUACCACUUCGCGGCUGAGCUGUUGUUGCUUUUAGACGUUUCCACUUCACAAUAACAGCACUUACAGUUGACUGGGGCAGCUCUAGCAGGGCAGACAUUUUACGAACUAACUUGUUGAAAAGGUGGCAUCCUAUGACAGUGCGACUUUAAAAGUCACUGAGCUCUUCAGUAAGGCCAUUCUACUGCCAAUGUUUGUCUAUGGAGAUUGUAUGGCUGUGUGCUUGAUUUGAUACACCAGUCAGCAACGGGUGUGGCUGAAAUAGCCGAAUCCACUAAUUUUGAAGUGGUGUCCACAUACUUUUGUAUAUAUAGUGUAUAAUCAGUUUCAGUAUUUAUCUGAAGUGUGAAAGAAUAUUAAAGAUGCACAAUGCAGAAAUCACUCCACCAUUUCCUGGUUGCAAUUUUUUUAAUAGUUUGCCUAAUUUCAGUUUAUGUGACAAAACAAGCAAGCAAGUAUAGUGUAGAGAAUAAUUGUUCCAUAACUGUUUUAAGCUGGUGUACAAAACCGAAAGUAAAAGACACAAAAAAACGAAACUUAAGAACGGGAAGCAUAGAAAUAGCGCAAAUAGACUUUCUUUCAAUGAGAAUGACAGAUCUAUAACAACAUUUCUAUGUGAAUUUGGUCGGGUCGCCCCAAAAAGUUACAUAUUGCAGCUUUAAAUGACUGUCAGUUCUGUCAAACUGUGGUUGGUAACCAAUGUUCUCUGGUUGCUCAUAGACAUAGGUGUUGAUGAGGUGGACGAGGAGAAGGUGUGCUGCGCUGCCACAGUGUCAGGUCUACAACGCAGCCAGGAGCAGAGCAGCGACACACCCCUCGAUCUGCCUGCUGCCAGCCCCGCCCCUGGCUCUCAGCCUGCAGGCAGCCCUGCCCCUGCAGCCCCUCUCACCAGCCCACUUCCUGCUGUGUGUGUGAAGAAGGAGAGGACGUCCCCUCACAACCCGACCACCCCAACUCUGCCAGGGCCAGGCCUAUCCCAAGUCAAGAGAGAACCAUCGUCACAUCACCAGGGCCAUCCCCUGUACAUUGGUCUCCACAACAGGUAGGACAUGGCAUUGAAAGUACUUGUUCAAACCAUUUAAUAAUACUGAUAUCCUAGAUGAGGUGCUAUUUAUUUACAACCUUGCCUUUCUCCUCCCUACAGCAGCAGCAUAGAGGGGUCCCACAAGCGAACCCUCCCACCAUCCCUCCACCUCGGGCGCCAUUCUUCUCCCUUGCCGGCCCUCCCCCUGUCCAUCUCGGCGCUGCCCGCACCCCACUUCUUCCUGCCAGGUCACGGGCAUCGCCGCCCGGCCAUGUUCACAAGCCCUCUGGGAUUACCAACCAAUGUCAUCGUAGGACACUCCACUGAAGCAGGCUACUCAGGUAAGAGUCUUGAACAGUAAAGGAGAUAGAUAUUGAAGGAUACAUUGGUGUUUAAUGUACAACAGGUGUAGGUGGUGAUAGGGGUUGUGGGUGAGAAAGAGCAGUUUUCGUCAUAGAGUAUGACCUUUAACCUCUCACCUCUCCCCCACAACAGAGCACGACCUGCUUCGCCAAGAACUGAACAACCGUUUCCUGGCGCAGACUGCAGAGAGAGGGGCUGGCUCGGGGCCACCUCUGCUGAGGACAGAGUUCCACAAGCACACACACCAGCACCAACAUCAGCACCAACACCAGCACCAGCUCACCUUCUCACCCUACCCCAACAGUUUGCCUCCUCCACUAGGCAUCCUCUCUACACCCCCAAAUAUGGGUCGCACAGCUGACCUAAAUGUAAGUCCAGCACAUGGCCACCACAAACUGCUUCAUAUGAUUUAAAGGGUAACUCUCAACCCCAAUUGCAGCAUUUGCCCAACCCCUUCAAUUAAAAAAAAAUGCAUUCAGGUGAGAAGUUGUGGGUGGGGGGAAUUGCUCAUAAAUAUUCAUUUUGGGGGUGGGUAAACAUAGUUGAACACUUUUUCACUAAAGCAUACUUUCCAGAAGUCCACUAGCACGCUCUGAUAAUAACAUUAUGUGCAUCAUGAGUAUAUACGAUUCUGGACGUUAGCUCACAGUGGUAAGGCGCCGAGUUCCUGACAUCUAUUGCCAGUUGCGGUGUAAAUUCGAAUCCCCCAUGGGGCGCAAAACAAAUAGUUGAAAUGUAGAAUCACAUUUUAUUGCGGUAUUGUGUUGGGAAGAAAAGUGCAAUCAUCACCUUGACAAUGAAGAUUAGGUGCUCAAUUCAAUCCAACCUGCAUUGCAGUAUUUACGCAGUAACUAUGAGUCUACUGUCUUAGUGGAGUAUGCCACCAAUAAGUCAUAGCAGUUAGGAAAAAAGACAACGAGUUGACAUGACCGCCAUUGUCAUCUAUUUCUUGUUAUGGUGGAUGUAGCUAUGAAUAUAAACAUAUAAUCCUCAUAGCCUACUUGUUUUCUUCCUUCGUAAAAGGAGGAAUGAAACUGUAAGCAAAAACUUUGAAUUUGGUCAUAUGCGGAAAUGUGCCUUCCAUUUGAAAUUUGUAUAACGUCAGUAGUCUAGUCAAGGAAGCAUCUUGCUUUUAUAGUAAGCCUUGAGGUGGUACCACCGAACACAUCUAGAAGGGAGUGUAUUUCAUACCGAUCCCCUCCCUUGAGAUGACGUAGAGGCCUCUACAUCACGAUUUGAAUGGUAGAGUUGAAACGCCAGGGGCAAAAAUAGCUAGAUCUACUACUAAAACACUAAAAUAUAUAACUUUUGCGACGAACUGUCAAAAUGAAGACCAGAAUUGACGUGUUUCACUAUAACUAAGCCUAAAACAUCUGGUAUGUUUUUUCACAAAAGUUACUCUUUAAUGUUAUCAAAACCCACAUUCAUAGUGAGGAACAUUUUAGGUCACCCAGAAACGAGAGAGAGAUAAUGCUGUGCUUUGUUUUAGCUGUUUUCCGAACUCAACCUUCUUAAUAGUGUAGCCUCAGGCUCAGCAGCCGCCUCCUUUAAUCUGGGGGAAACCUUUAUUACAGUAUCUCAACAAAACAGAAAUACCAGAUACAGUCCCUGAGAGACACAUUUUCGCUUUCAGCCAUUUUAAACUUUUUUCCACCCACCAGGGAACAGUUUGAAAUAUUUCAUCAUAGGGGAAAAAAAUAUAUGAGCCCUGAAAUGGCUGGCUGUUCCACUGACAGCUUGGUAAAGCCAGUGGAAAUCGAUCUCAUGGCUGUUUUGACACACUCAAAGCCCUACUGUCAGGAUAAAUGACUGUGCCGCAGCAAAAGGAAUGAGGUCAUUAGAGUGCUUUUGAUCGUGGGUAAUUGCUCAUGGACGCUUUUGCCAGCAUUGGCAGGGCUUCAGUUGGGUUUAAGCAGCCAAUAUAUGGAAACUCUUAUCAUAGACAUCUGAAGUGUGUACAUGCAUCUGUUAAACAGUCAAUGAGCUGAAAAGAAUGCACCUUGCUGUGCAUAGUCGUUAGCACUAGAUCAGGACUUCAAGAUUACAAAAUGCUCAAAAACAAUCAUUAGUAGCGUUUUUACAUCGAUGUUUCUUCUUUGUCUAAUAUUGUUAAUGUUACUAAUGUUUUCUUACAACAUUUUUCUCUUUCAGUUGGAAAAGUACCCAGCUAAUCUGGAAAGCCCCUACCAAAGACAUCAAAAUGUAAGUGAAAGUACUGCUUUCAGAAAGAUGGGAUAUGUUCCGUUGGAUUAGCUUUCAAAUGAAUUAUUUCGUAUUAUAAUAUGAUUCUCAAUGAAUUCAGAUAUUUGCUGUUGUUUUACUCUGUACUCUCUCAGCAGUACAGUCACAGAUCUACUCUGAGCAUACAAAGUGAUUGUUACCCUAUUGUUAUCCUUUUGUUUACCCUAAAGUCGCACUUCAUUUAUUCUUAUCUUAACCUGUGUGUGGUCUUGCCCAGUUCUUCCCCUCCUAUCCCCCAGCGAUGCCAGGCAUGCAAGCCCUGCACCCCCACUCAGGAGCCCCAGAACCCUUCAGCUCUCUGCAAGGAGCCUUCCAGCCCAAGGUCUAUAACACAUCACUGACUCCCUCUGUCUGUCUCUCCUUCAUUACCCAGUGUUAACCACCCCACACAUGCUCUUCCCAAUCUAAACAUGUGACUUCCCAUCUCCCCCUAGUCUAAUCCUAUGGAUGUGGUGACACGGCCAGGAGAAGUCCCUCACAAUAUCCUACCAAAGGGCCCACGGGUAGGCCUCUGUUCUCUGUACAAUAAAUCUAUCCAUCAAAGUAUGAAUAAAAUACUGUAGUGUAUGUUCAGAUAUUAAUCCUCUGUUCUUCUUCCGUUCUUGCUCCGUUCACAGAUAACUGAUCCAUUCAGAUCAUCUGCUAGGGUAAGAAUAUGCCAUUCCCCAGCCUUAUGUAAGCUUGUUGACAGAAUUCUAGCCCUCAGGUUUAAGACUAAUCAAAUUAUUUUCCUUCUAUUUAUUCUUGCAGAAGGCUGGCAAAUGGUGUGCAAUGCAUGCACAGAUCGCCUGGCAGAUUCAUCACCACCAACAGAGGAUGAAGGUACAUAAGAUGUGUUCAUUUAUUUCACUCAAUGGAGCGAAGGUUUCAAAUAUUGAUAAUCAGUGAAGUUAUGCUUUCUGUAUCCUCCUCUGUCUCAGCAACUCACCUCUCAAUUUCUAUUGAGCUUUUUUUUCUUCUCUCUCUCCCUCUGUCCAUGUCUCUCCUCCCCAUUGUAUCUGUCUAUCUUUAACAGCACAUGCGCUUUGAUCCACAUAAGCUGAAUAUGAGUGGGGUGAAGCUGGACUUGUUUAGUCGGCCAGCUGCUCCGGGUCUUCCUCCUGGACUGUCCUAUGGCCAUGACCUGGCCAGACCUCUCCUGUCCUCCUCAGGUUAGCCAGCCCACUCCAUGUCAUAUUCAUUAUUGUGGAUGUUAAAUGAGGAUCUACGAGCAGUUAUGAUGAUAUUGUACGGUCUGCUUACUGUAGAGAUGACACAUUUACUCCUUUAUGUCAAUGUGAGUGUGGUUGAUUCGUAGAAAAAUAAAUUGGCGUGCAACUCAAAAGUCUAUAGACUAACAGAAAGUCUUCGGUGCUGGGUGUGAAGAAGGAAAAGGCACAUACAGUGCCAGUCAAAAGUUUGGACACCUACUCAUUCAAGGGUUUUUCUUUAUUUUUACUACUUUCUACAUUGUAGAAUUUUAGUUAUUUUUUAUUUUACCUUUAUUUAACUAGGCAAGUCAGUUAAGAACAAAUUCUUAUUUACAAUGACGGCCUACACCGGCCAAAUCCGGACGACGCUGGGCCAAUUGUGCACCGCCCUAUAGGACUCCCAAUCACGGCCGGUUGUGAUACAGCCUGGAAUCGAACCAGGGGGUCUGUAGUGACCCCUCAAGCACUGAGAUGCAGUGCCUUAGACCGCUGCGCCACUCGGGAAUAAUAGUGAAGACAUCAAAACUAUGAAAUAACACAUAUGGAAUCAUGUAGUAACCAAAAAAGUGUUAAAGAAAUCCAAAUACAUCUUAGAUUUUAGAUUGUUCAAUGUAGCCACCCUUUGCCUUGAUGACAGCGCUGCACAAUGUUGGAAUUCUCUCAACCAGCUUCACCUGGAAUGGUUUUCCAACAGUCUUGAAGGAGUUCCCACAUAUGCUGAGUACUUGUUGGCUGCUUUUCCUUCACUCUGCGGUCCAACUCAUCCCAAACCAUCUCAAUUGGGUUGAGAUCGGGUGAUUGUGGAGGCCAGGUCAUCUGAUGCAGCUCUCCAUCACUCUCCUUCUUGGUCAAAAAGCCCUUUACACAGCCUGGAGGUGUGUUGGGUCAAUGUCCUGUUGAAAAACAAAUGAUAGUCCCACUAAGCCCAAACCAGAUGGGAUGGUGUAUCGCUGCAGAAUGCUGGUUAAGUGUGCCUUGAAUUCUAAAUAAAUCACUGACAGUGUCACCAGCAAAGCACCAUCACACCUCCUCCUCCAUGCUUCACGGUGGGAACCACACAUGCAGAGAUCAUCCAUUCACCUACUCUGCGUCUCACAAAGACAUGGCGGUUGGAACCAAAAAUCUCACAUUUGGACUUACCAAAUAGGGCUAUCAUCUGUAUACCACCCCUACCUUGUCACAACACAACUGAUUGGCUCAAACCCAUUAAGAAGGAAAGAAAUUCCACAAAUUAACUUUUAACAAGGCACACCUGUUAAUUGAAAUGCAUUCCAGGUGACUACCUCAUGAAGCUGGUUGAGAGAAUGCCAAGAGUGUGCAAAGCUGUCAUAAAGGGUGAUUUGUUUAACACUUUUUUGGUUACUACAUUAUUCCAUAUGUGUUAUUUCAUAGUUUUGAUGUCUUCACUAUUAUUCUACAAUGUAGAAAAUAGUUUUUUUUUUAAAUAAAGAAAAACCCUGGAAUGAGUAGGUGUCCAAACUUUUGACUGGUACUGUAUUAAUGUAUUUUAGCAGCAGCAGAGGUCAACAAACGGACAUGUUUCGGCAACAGCCUUCAUCAGUGUGGUUGAUUCGCUCACUACUGUCCCUUCACCCCCUACAGGUCAUUUGUCUGCAUCACCAUUCAGCGCCACCACUCAUCACGCCCACUAUCUACCUGCUAGCCACCUCACUGGUAAGUGCCAUAGGCUGCUGGUGCAAUGUUGAAAUAAUGAUGUUUAAAGUACAAGACAAUUAAGCAAUAAGGCACAAGAGGCAGUGCUGUAUUAUGAAUACAGUCACAGGUAAAUGGCGUUGUUCGGCCCAACGCGAUAGCAUCAGCAUCCAGGAUCCAAACAACCAGUUUUAUAACAGACAUUAAGACGUGCUCUCCUUGUGAUGUUCCUCAGAUCCAUUUGGUCGAGCCAGUCACUAUGGAAACCUUGGACAACUGGCAACUAAUGCAUUUGGCGGCCUGGGUGCCCCAUCUAUUGGUAGGUUUUCGCUCUCAAAUAAUUGCCAACCAAAGGCAACCUACUGUUUCAACUAAAUUGGUGAAUUGAUUGAUUUGAUUGAAAAUACAUCAAUCCUUCCUCUCUCAGGCCCAGGCAGCAUGUUUGGUGGAAGGCAGGGCCAUGGGUUGCCAGGUUUUGUCAGCCCCGCUCAGGAAGCCUGGAACCGCCUGCACCAAACGCCCCCCUCCUUCCUCACGCCUCCAGCACUGUCCAGGCCUGCUGAUGUGGCCCGCAAGCCCACGGUCCAUAGCAGCGAGAGGGAAAGGGAAGCUAAGAAAAGGGAUCACUCUGCUACCAAGGAGGAGUCGGAGAGAGACGGGUCAGUGACAGCCUUAGUGUGGAGAUGGCAUUUCCUAUCCAUAAAGGCCUUCAAAAGUUGUGAUAUAAUAUUUUGAAACAAAAUCAAAUCACAUUUUAUUUGUCACAUGUGCCGAAUACAACAGGUGUAGACCUUACCGUGAAAUGCUUACGUACAAGCCCUUAACCAACAAUGCAGUUUUAAGAAAAAUAAGAGUUAAUAAAAAUAUUUACUAAAUAAACUAAAUAAAAAAAUAAGACCAACAAUAAAAUAACAAUAUUGAGGCUAUAUACAGGGGGUACCGAGUCAAUGUGCGGGGGUACAGGUUAGUCGAGGUAAUAUGUACAUGUAGGUAGGGGUAAAGUGACUAUGCAUAGAUAAUAGAUAAUAAACAGCGAGUAGCAGGGGGAGCACCUGAUAUUCAAAGAAUUGCCUAUUUUUCAAUCCACAUAGUCUAGAAAUCAUAUCUACCAUCUGUUAACCUCCCCACCUCUGUCCUCUCUAUAGGAAUGUUCUGGAAAGAAGCCAUCAGUCCACCCACACAUCCUCAGGCUUUCAGAUUAGUAAUCUGAUUGGCAGCAGCAGCCCAGGGAGGAAGAGGAGCAGCCCAGAUCAGGGCCAUCAGGCUGAGAGGGAGGGCACCUCUCUUGGGAGAGUCCAGGUGAAGCAGAGCUCCUCUCCAGCGCUGGAGGUGCAGGAUAGGGGAUCCUCAAACCCUUACACCACAGUGAAGAACCACCAAUCCAGCGAGAACACACAAACCCUGAAGGGAUCUUUAAACAUAAAGCAGGAGCGCAGAGAUGAGCCAGAGGUUAUGGCCGGGCCACCGGAGAUUACCCUCUUACUCUCACCAGGCCACCCUCACUCUCAGGCUCCACAACCCUCAUCAAGGCGCAACCACUUCCCCACUGCAGGCAUGCUUCAGAGCAGUCAUCUACCUCACUCUCUACCCCUCUCCAUGAGCCCCGUGCACCCAGUGAGUAGCCUUAGUGCAAUGGAGCGAGCCCGUGUCCAGCCCUUCAUGGGGGUCAGUCCACUAGCCGCAGGUCGAGACCACCGUGUGUCCCCUCACCUCUCAGGCCCCUGGGACCCACUACGAGACCCCUACAGAGGGCUGUACCUGCAGAGCCAGCAGGUACAUAUGACCUAUGACCCUGAGAGAGGCCACAGACAGCGGGAGCAAUACCCCCACCCCACCCCCACUCACAGCAGUACUUACAGGACAGGCACCGGCAGGCAGAGGAGAGGGCCAGGAUGCACCAGCUCCAGGGCUCUCCCAUGGAGGGCCACCUAGCCCACACACCCACCUUUAUGUCCUCUCUGGGUGGGGUGAUGUACCCUAGGCUCAGCCCCUCAGCUCCACACAGUGGCCAUCAGAACAGGACUCCUCAGACUGCCACUCUCAGUGCCCCACCCCCUCUGGUGCCCACCUCCACCACCACAGCCCCUGGCAGACCUGCCACUCCUCGAAAGACCACACCCACCAGUGCCCCACCCUCUGGGGACCCCACCCCAUCCUGCAAACCCAAAGAGGUGGAGGCACAGUAG